AUCCAAUCCCUGAAUUUGUCCGGUACAUAACUUUAACAUGUACAUACUGGGAGCUUCACAAAUGUACGUACUUACAUCUCACGCACACCCAUCAUAUAAAAUGCCUUCAAUAAAUGCGAGCUCCCAAUCCUCACAUACUUCCAUUCCCUUCUUUUUUUACCUUAAGCAUUUGUUGGUUCGAUCUUUAUCAGGAUCGAUUCUGCACCACCCACACUCCUUCUACGAUGUCUCCUGUGUCCGCACGCUUCAGGCUAUUGCAUACCACUAUCAUCAGUAGCCAGGCUAUUAUCCUGGCAUUUGGAUACGCAUUUCUUGGUACCGUUCUCUAUUAUGAUUACCUCUCUCUACCUCAUCAAGUCAGCAACUUAUGGAGCCAUUACCCUGGAGAGUUGACCAUGAUAGUCACAUUGAUAGCAACUGUGCUUUCAGUCACUACGGCUACGUCUGUAUACCCUUUUACUCCCUGUAGUUUUCCAUUCACACAGGGAUGAACAUUCCCCUAGUGCUUUCACCCUUUCAAUCAAGGAGGCAUUGAGACAU